UAGGCCAGAGGGCUGGAGCCAGGCUGUAGAGAAGGGUAGCUCGUCAGUCCAGACCCGGGGAGACCACUCCCCGCAGCGAAGAUGCCUCUGGGGUUUCCGAGAGGCCGCAAGAGCCAGUUUAAACACAUCAUUCAUGGCCUUCUACCUGCGGCCAGCAUCGCACCGAAGCCAGCUGUGCCCCGGACACCUCCUCCCCGCAGCCCCAACCCCUCUCCAGAGAGACCAAGAUCUGCUCUGGCUGCGGUCAUUCUAGCAACAACAUUGACUGGCCGCACCGUUGCCCUUCCUCAGCCGCGUCGGAGAUCCCAAUCUGAUAGUGACGUGACCUACGUUGAAAAUGACAGUUUCAUCAAGCCCUAUGCCACCACCUCAGAGCUGAGGCAGCGACCAAAUUGGCAGAGGGAGACAAGAAGAAGAACUUUGCCAUCCUUCGAAAUGCUGGGCUACGGGGAGGAAGAGGACACUGACUUGUGCCUGUCGUCCAGCUACAAGGAGUUGGAGGAUGUCAGUGCUCAUAAGGAAGAGAGAGGCCUCGGCGAUGCUGUGUAUGCCGUGCCCUGCAGGACUCAGAAGGUUUCGUUGUCACGUGGGGUGGACAGCGAAGAUGAGGAAAAUAUUUCCGAGCAAGAUGGGUUUCCAGACUCACCUCUUAUACCACAGUGCACAGGAGAAAAAGAUGGCGAAUAUUCUGUUCUGAAUUUAAAGGAUGAAAAACCACCAUUAUGUGGAAAACCUCCACCCUCCCCAGAUAUAAUUGGUAAAAUACGUCAACAAUGGAUAGAAAUAACCAAAGAAAAGUUUGAGGAAUUAAAAGAAGAAAAUUUGCAUGUGAACAGUACAAACCAAACCCUUACUCUUGAACUUAACAUGGUAAAACAAGAAAUGAAAAAACUUAAGAGAAUGCAAAAAGAAAAUGGACAGCUGAAGGAGGCUGAGCAAGCAUCCUGUCAGGAAGUAGUUGCUGCACCUGAAUUAUUUUCUCUAAGAAAACAAACUCAAGAACUAGUGGAUGAAAAUGAUGGGUUGAAAAUGACUGUCCACCGUUUGAAUGUAGAACUGAGCAGAUAUCAAACAAAAUUCAGGCAUUUAUCCAAGGAAGAGAAUAUAAAUAUUGAAGGCCUCCCAUCAAAGGGCCCUAUACCACCCUGGUUGUUGGAUAUAAAGUAUCUAUCACCCUUGCUGCUGGCUUAUGAAGACAGAAUGAAAGAGAAGGAUGAGCUCAUUGCCACCAUUCAGGAGGAAAUGAGAAUGUUCGGGAUCCGAGCCCAAGAAGUGGUGAAAGAAAACAAAGAAUUGCACGAGCAGUUAAUUAAGAGUAGCCCUGUUACCACCAAGGAAUGGCAUCAGUUUCAGACUCAGGCGGAAUUGGUUUUAGAAGAAAACAGGCUGUUGAUAGAGCAGUUGGAGAUUCAGCAAAUAAAAGCCCAGCACACCCACCAGGAGCAUCUCCAGGAAGUUUCUAAACUGACUAAACAACUAAUGCUUCUGGAGAGUAAAACACAGAGCCAAGAAAAGGAGCUAAUUAAAAGCAAGGAGCAGUUGGAAAUUUUAUGCACUGAAUGCCAAGAACUGAAAACACAGUUGGAUGGCAAAAUAGCAAUGAAAGUUCAUGCUUCGAUUGUAGGUGAAUUAGAAAGCCAGUUGCAGAGGGAAGAUGACAGAGAAAAUGCCGAAAUGGAAGAGUUGAUGGAAAAGUUGGUGGUCCUGCAAGUGCAGAAAAAGAGCCUGCUCUUAGAGAAGGACAGUCUGAUGGCUAGAGUCAAAGUGCUGGAAGCUGAACUCGCACGGGCACGGAAAAUAAAUAGGAGAUCUCAAAAAAAAAUUGACGUCCUCACAAAGCAGGUGGAGAAGGCCAUGGAGAAUGAAAUGUCCGCUCACCAGUACCUGGCAAAUGUUGUUGGCCUGGCAGAGAACGUGACUCAGGAGCGUGACAAUCUUGUGUAUUUGGCCAAAUGUUUAGAAAGUGAAAAACAUGGAGUUCUUGACAAAAUUGUAAAAGGCAAUAUUCGCAUGGGAAGGUUAGAAGAAAAAGUCAAGGGGUACAAGAAGCUGGCUGCACUGAAGGUAAACGACAUUAGUCACUGUCUGACAGAACAGCAGAAGGACUUUGCUAACAAAACAGCUCAGUUCCAGCAGGAGAUGAGGCACCUCCACCGGCUGCUGCAGGACAAGCAGGAUGUCCUGGAUGAGGCUUUGCAGCAGAAGAGAGAAAUGGAAGGGGAGCUUGAAGUUGUUUGGGAGUCUACCUCCAAGGAAAACCAAAGAAUCCGAGAACUUCUGCAAGCCACCCUGGAGAGGACCGGCGUGUGGGACCACACCAGAAGAAUCGAGGACCCCUGCCUCGGCAGCGUCUCUCAGAGAGACGUGCUAGUUGGCUGCAGCUUCAGCUACUGCGACCUGAAGCCGCCUCCCACCGCCCGCCAGAGUCUGUGGGAGCCCCUGGACUAGGGCUCCUCAGCCUGAAUGGUCUGCCUUCCGGGGACAAGGAAGGGCAGAUCCCCACCUAACACUGCUGCGUUAUUUCUCCUCAGGGCAAGGAAGAA